CACCAUCCAUUCCAUCUCGUGCCAACUGUACUCAUGUACACGGAGCGAGAUGAGAAGGCAGGUUCCUCUGUAGACGGUUGGUCUUCCUAUUGCAGGCAGACUGCAGCAGCCUCAUCCCACCCGGCACUGACAGUCAUGGAGUGAUACCGGGGUGGAAUGGCUGGAUUCUCGGAACAAUCAGGGUGGUGUAAGUUCUCCCUGCUGUGUCUAGUUCUGGGACUGAUCAGUCUGGUGUUCGGUGUUGGAUACCCUGAGUGGGUGUUAUUUUCUGACGACCUAACAUUUCAAGCCGGACUAUGGCAAACCUGCGCUGAGGGGCUGGAGAGAUGUCAAGUGUAUGCUAUUGGAGAACAAGAAAUCUGGUUCGAUGCUGUGAGGGGGAUCGAGGUCCUGGCAUGUAUCCUCUACUUCAUCACAGUGUGCAUGUUUUUAAAGCAAAUCUGCUCGUCAAGUUAUGUUGAUGGAAAGAAUGUCAUCAUAUUGUCAUUCUUCACAGGAUUGCUGUCUAUUGUUGGGGCAAUCGUGUACACAACACAGAUCAACCUGAGCAUCUACACAAAGUUAUCUCUGAGUUUCUGGUUCACCCUUCUUGGAGCCGGAGCGGCUCUAUUGGCCGGUUUCUUCCUCUCCAUCAAUCGUCGGGGCUACAGAGGAAGCAUCAUCACUCCUAUGCCCCCUCAGAACAGGGGGGUCGUCAAGCCGGUGAACAUGGGAGUAACGGUAGUCCAACAGUCAACCGCUGUUGGGGGACCAAUGCUACCAGCUUAUUCUGCCGGGUAUAACGUCACACAUGGAAUGCAACCGGGUUAUCCCCCUUCGGAAGGCUAUGGGCAGCGAUUUCAAGGUCAGCCCUCGGCCCCUCCUCCGUACAGCGUCUCUAAUGACAACGCCUAUAUCCCGGGUCAGAUUGAGGGGAUUGGGGCGUGGCCGACUGGGAACCAGGGUCUUAUUCCCGCGGGAGGCCAUACCACUGCUACCCUAAAUCCGCCUAUUAAGUAACAACUCUGGUGUCUUAGCGUAAUGACAAAGGUAUGACCUGCUCAAAUUGACUUGUUUCAUUUGAAAGCACUGUCCUCUGUAUAUGUGACUAUAGAAUUUGUAUAUUAAACCAUGACUAUUUAAAACUAACCAAGAGGUUAUAUUUUAAUAAAAUGAGGUAAGAAACCUUUCUGUAAUUUCGGCGGUUGCAAACCCUUAACGCAAUUGUUUAAACUUUAUAAAUGCGUUUCUUGUUUGGAUCAGCCAACUGUGUGAAACCCAUUGUUGAUAUCAGCCGUUAUUGCAUGGCUGAGAUAUUGCUACAAUAUAUAUUAUAUAAAGUAUAACAGGCUCCAUCUUUUCGAUCAAUAUUAAUUUCAAGUACUAUUGUUUUGUUCAAUAAACUUAAGUUCUGUUUAUGACGUUAGACGUACAUCAUGUAAGGCAAUUUGUUUCAAAUUACAUGUACUUGCUUUUACUAACACAAAGUCCAAACAUUUCUCAUGUUCUGGAAUAUUUUAUAUGAUAUCAGAAGUAAGCCAACUCUUGGCAAUAUAUCUAAUUUUACACUUUUCUGACCAAACUGUUAUGAAGUCUUUUUCAUUCUUCCUGGUCUCCUAGUGACGGGUUUUAACCUAUCCAUGAACUCAGAGAGUUCCCCACCCCAGUACCCAACCGAUCCCUGGGGUAGGAAAACCAAUGUUAGGGGGUCAUGGUGGAGAACCAUUACACCCUGGAGGUUAGAGGUUCAGUGAGGUGCAGUGAAUUGCCUUAAACUGUCUGUAAGUCAGGCAAUAGAAACAAGACUGGUCAAUUGGUCACUGCUGUUGAUUUGAUGUUGUUAAGUGACGUUGUUCAAGUCAGAUAUUAUGCAGUGCUCAAGGUACAUUUCUUGCAUGUGUGUUUAAUGUACAUUCUAGCUUUAGUUGCGUUCUGUUCCAUUCACAUACUGGAUAUACUUAUGCAUACAUACAUGGUGUUUAUAUGUUAUUUAAUCAAUUUCUGGUUAUGUAUUCAUGAAAUAUCACUAGCUGCUGUUCUGCAAUGAUGGACAUCCUACUAUCGUGUGAUACAGAUGUGACCAUCAUGUGCUCUCGUCAUCUGAUCAUGUGAUCACGGCAUCACGUCAUCUCUUCGUCCAUUAAUCAGCUCUCAUAUUUGUGUCCGAUACAAACACACCCUGUGAUAGUGGCUUUUCCACGUCUUUUACGUCACAGGGGCGUGUCACGCUUAGAAACAGCAUUAGAAAGACAU